GAACCAUUCCUAUUUUACUCCAUGCUAAAGAUUACAAACAUAUUAUAUUAUAUAAAGCUGAUGAACAUAUUUUAACAGUCUAGAUUCAACCAUGUCGUUCAAAACCCAAUUACUUUUUCGAUUCUUUGAACCAUUCCUAUUUUACACCAUGCUAAAGUUCCUUUUAGGGAAUUCCAAUCCAAAAUUGCCGAUAAAACUCUUAUUGAUUAUCAUUGUUGCACUUCUUGUCCCCAUUUGGUUACUUACAAUAACAAUUUUAAGAUUAUACAGAAAUUCCCUUGGUUUGUUGCUGUAUUUCAAGCAUGGCGAUAAAUUUAUCACAUUCAUGCACGGUAUUGACAGAUUAUUCUCGUUGUUUCCAAAAACAGACCAAGGUAGCACCAAUAUUAUAUUCUUAUUAAAUUUCGAAGGAUCAGGAGAUGAAUUCUACAAGAUCACUUCAGAGUUCUUGUUCAAUCAAUUCAAAGAACCAAAAUUCAAUUGUCUCAGGAAGAAAUUUCUCGGAUAUUACUAUUACAUGAAGAACAGUUCCGCUAAGGAAGACGUAAUCAAAGAGAUUCCAAUUAAGGUAGAUGAUAUCAUGGAUUACAUGGAAUUUUUGGAACACUUACCAUUACCCUACGAUGAUGAAUCCAUGCUGCUUUACCACAUUGGCAAAGAACGUGUGAAGAACACUCAAGGAAAAUGGUGUUAUCCCAUUUUAAUCAAAAUGCACCACUCGCUAGGAGACGGUUUAUCAUUACUAAGACAUUUAAACAAUCUGUCGACGAAUAAAUUUAAUUAUAUAAAAAACAUGAGUAUGCAACAAAAAUCAACUGUUGGAAGAGUUUCAGAAUUUUGGAGAUGCAUAAAGUCAUCGCAAUUUGAUAAUUGCAGAUUUCUUACUAAUCCUGACAAUGUGUUCACGACCAAACACAAUGGCCAGAAACAUUACGUCCUUUGGACUGAGGAUAAACCUGACGUUUUGGAUAAAAUGAAACAGAUUCAAAAACUCCUACCCGGUGGAACAACAACCAUGGCAAUUAUGAACACAGCUUUGUCAAAAGCGUUUGAAGAAUAUUACGUUUCGAAAUCAUUGAGAAAACCAGACUUCUUAAACCUAACGUACACGAUUUUGCCGCAAAUAAGCAACAGCAAAUUCAGCGAAUACACGAACAGUUUCGGUACGAGCGACAUGAAAUUACCUGUAAACUUCAGUGGAAACUUAUUGGAUAGAUUGAAGUGCACUAUUAUCGAAAAUCAUCGACAACCGACGUUAAUGAAUCACAAAUUUAACGAAUGGUGUUCUAAAGUUCUCUAUUCGAUAUUUCCCAAUUCUCUGGUGAAAAUCUUCAUUAUGAGAAUGUACAAUUCCGUGCUUUUAAGCAACUUGCCGGGCAGCGAAGAAGAAUUGGACUUUGACUACAUGAGUUUAGAGGAUUACCACUAUUGGGUGACGAAUGUUUGCGAAGCUGGUAUUGGCAUUGCAACGUAUUCUUAUGCGCGUCGCUUGAAUGUGUCUUUCAAAGUGGACAAAGGCGUUAUACCUGAAUCAGUCGAUGCUCACAGAUUAUGCAAUUCAAUGAUGGAAAACAUUUACAAGUUGUAUGAUGAAUGCUUAAAGGAAUAUAAAUAAUUCAUUUACAAUUGUAACAAAAUAUUUAUAUAUGCAAGUAAUUUGAACUAGA